AUGCCAAGGCGUGUAAGGGUUAAUUUCUCAAAGCUGCUUUACAAAAUUACCAAACUAUCCAUAGUAUUGACUAUACUAUAUAUUUAUUUUACACCCAAAAUUAUCUCCCGAAACAAUGAGUCAUUGCAGCAUGUUUUCCCUAAUAAAUACAGCGACUAUCAAAUAAAUUUAAUCAUAGCGCACCCUGAUGACGAGGUAAUGUUUUUCUCACCCAUGAUCUCUCAACUACAUUCGUACUUUCCAAAUACCGUCCCAUUCAACAUAAUCUGCUUGUCAAAGGGCAAUGCCGAAGGCCUUGGCCAAACCAGGGUAAGAGAGUUAAAUGACUCAGCCGCUUUAUUAUUACAUAAUGAAAGAGCCGUCUCGGUACAAGUUAUGGACUUCCAGGAUGGUAUGAAUGAAGUCUGGGACAUCGAUUCCAUCACCUCUACCCUCUCACAAACGAUAGGGAUCAACAAUAAUGAGCUGAACCAGAUUAUCGUUACGUUUGAUUCUUACGGUGUAUCAGGCCAUAUCAAUCAUAAAAGCUGCCAUACCGCUGUUAGGAAAUUGAUCGCAGAUUAUACUCGUUCAAACGUCAGGAAAGAGGUGAAAACCCCUCUUAUUACGGCAUUAUACCUGAGAAGCUACAAAAACAAUAUUGUUUUAAAGUACAACUCUUUUAUUUGGGAAAUAUUGAGAAUGCUUUACGGUUUGAUUUCCCCAUUCCGUAAAACCACCCAGGCGCUUCCGUCUGACGUAGUGGCCGAAAAAAAUAGCCUUCUAUUAAUGAACACGCAUGCGCAGUACAUACUGGCCUUUGCUGCUAUGCUAAAUGCUCACAAAUCCCAAGUUGUGUGGUUUAGAUACGGAUGGUGGAUUCUAUCAAGAUUUGUUUUCGUGAAUGAAUUUGACGUUUAUAUAUAUUAA